AUGGUCAACUGGCAGCCCAUUCGUCAGACGAGCCGAAUUCAGGGCUCCGUGUGGCAGCAGGUCCACGACUCUUUGCAGGGCGGUGCCGCCCAACUCCCGGAAGACCUGCUGGGGCGCUUCAUGCGCAAGGCAUCUGAGGUGCCGAAGAAGAGCCUUGAGCAGAAGAAGUCUGCCGGAACCAAAAGGCUGCUUCCCUCCAAGCAAGGUUUAGUUGCUGACAUCCACCAUGCCCUCUUGACGAGGAAGGGCAUUCGAAAUGUCCGUGACCUCAAGUGGAUCAUUGGGCCGAUGGAUGGCGAAGCGGAAACGCAGGAGGACGAUGUGGAGGAUGCUCUAUCGGAGGACAGGAGACUGGCAUUGCUAGUAGGGCUCGGUUUGCUCGGCUCGCUGCCACUCAGCGAUGUCAGAAAUGUGCCACGGCACAGUGGCACCAUCGCCUUUGUCUCUGGCCGCCUGGGAAGCUGCGCGAGCCCAAAGUUGCUUUCGCCAGCUCGUCCUCGGACUGCCUGCCACACCUCUGCGGAGUCUCCAAAGCAGAGCGCAGAUUCAAAGGGCCAGGGGCGUGUCAAAGUCACACCUCUCUGGGUACUCAAAAUCACUCAAAUGCUUCUCUUUGGCGCAAAUGUAUGCUUGACUCGAUUCAUCACCGUCUAUUACCACGACCUGGGCUUAAGCCGCAAGGUGAUGGGCUUGCUGUUGGUGAUGGUUCCAAUGAUGGCCUUUGUCGGAGGAUUCUUUUGGUCUUCGAUCGUGGACCGAUCGGGUUCCUACCGAAGAAUACUCACCUUUACAAGCUCGCUCGGCAUAGCAACAGUCUUUUCCUACAUGCUACCGGCAGUCGGCCGAAGCCUUCCCCUACUGGUGCUGGUCACGCUGCUGCAAGGAUUCGUGACGGCCCCGGCCGGUCCCAUUGUGGAUGGUCUGUGCCUGAAGGUGUUGGCCCAGAGGUCGGAAGAAGGAUCCUCGGAGGCCUACGGAGAUCAACGACUCUGGAGUGCUGUCGGCUGGGGGGCUAUGGCCUUGAUUGCCGGAAAGCUGAUCGACAUUUUCGGAACCAAUGCGAUCUUCCUCUCUUACGGCAUCUUGGUCGGCCUGAACGUCCUCGUGGUGCAGCUUUUCGUCCAGGAUAUGCCUGCGGGAGUGGGAGGGCAUCAAGGCAGCAGCGGAACCAAGAUGUCCACGCGUGAGUGGCUUGCGGACCUUGCCAGAUUCGAGCCCAUCUGGAUGUUGAUCAACUUGCUCGUGUAUGGUCUCCUGACAUCUUUGGUGGAGAACUACUUGAAUGUUUUCCUUGUGCAGGAUUUCGACAACGUUCCAAGAGUGAUCCUCGGGGCAGCCACUGCUGUCAUGUGCUCCUUUGAGAUACCGGUGUUCAAGUACAUUGGUGACCUUUGGAGCAAGCGGGGCUACAGCUUGGUCUCGGUGCUUUGGGCGUCAGAGUUUGUCAUGGUGCUGCGCUGCCUGCUGUACGCAAGCCUACCACGAAGCCGGCCGUGGCUGGUUCUUUUGGUAGAACCCUUGCAUGGUCUCACGUUUGCGGGUGUUUGGACCGCAACGGUGGAAUAUGCGCGUCGUCUGGCCCGGACCGGCACAGAGACCAAGAUGCAAGCACUUAUUAGCGGUGUCUACUUCAAUGUCGCUUUCGCUAUUGGAUCUCUGAUUUGGGGCUUCAUCUCUCAGCUGCCUCCUGCUGGCCUCGGCUUCCGGCGCUCCUUUCUCUUGGAUGCAGCCGUGGGAUCUGUUUGGCUGAUCCUGUGGGCGGCAGUGUACAGACUUGAACUGCUUGAAGCCUUGCUGGGCCUUUUGGGGGCUGCAGUUGGAGAGGAGCGCUGUCUGACUGCGGCUGGUCAGUCCCUGAAGGAUGGUGUGCAGUCGGAGAUAUUUCUCCGCCAGAUCCUACAAAGUGUCCCACUGCAGGAGUUGCAGUGUCGUGUACAGCUAUGCUUGGACAUUGCCCGCUUCCCGCUUAAGGCGGCUGAUUUAGAGAGUGGGCUAGAUUUGGCGCUGUCGGCAGCCUGGAGCAUCCUCGAUUCUCGAGCUGUUCCCAUCCUCCUGGAAGGAAUUCUUCUCCUAGGCAACUCUGUCAAUGCUUCGUCCAAGAACUUGGGUGGAGCCGUGGGGGUAACGUUGGACUCCUUGACCAAGUUGGCCCACACCCGGUGCUUACCAGCCAAGCAGGCGGGAAACAAGAGCAAGAAGGCUUCUGCCAGGGCAGAAAGCGCGCUUGAAGUGCUUGCCUGCCACCUGGACGAGGCAAACGAAGGUUUCAUGAAGAACUUGGCUUCAGACUUGGACGCUUGUCAUGCAGCCAAAGACUUUGACCGCACCCUAAUGGACGGGUUGGUGCAGGAGUUGGCCACCCAGACCAAGCAGAUGAAGCAGAGUCUCCAGGCAGAUACCACCUCGGCGCAGGCCGCUGCAACGAGCCAUGCCAGGCUCGGCACUUUCCUCGAAGUUGCGGAUCCAAAGGUUUCGCAUUUGCAGGAUCUGUUGGAGGAGGUCGACGAGGCCACGGAAAGCCUGCGCCAGUGGUUUGCCGAGCCUUCAACUAGCUCGCUGCACGACAUGCUCAAGGUACUUAGUGCGCUCAGGGACAUGCUGCCUGUGGCAAAGCCAACUGCUGCAGAUGCGGCCAACAGGUCACGCCUGUACCAGAAUAGCGAGACAAGAAAGCGAAGGCUCCAAGAGAAGGCUGAGAAAGCUACGGAGAAGAAAGCUGCGGUCAGCCUGCACGUUCCAGAGACAUCGCCAAUCUCCAGAGAUGAAGAUCUGGCUAUCGAGGCGACACCUGAGAUAGUGGCAGCUGAGACACAGAGCAAUGCAACAGUCUCCGAAGCAUCUGAGCCUGAGGAAGCAAAGGCACAAGCUGCGGAGCGCAGUGCUGGAGCUUCAGUGACAGCUACAGUCUCGGAGGCUGCUCCCUCUUCCGUGCUCGCGCAGAUCCUCUCAUUCCGCCAGGGCACCGUUUGGAUUACUUGGCUCUUCGACUGGCCUGGCAGCGUUUCUAUGGAGGGCAAUCGGAAGUUUUUCGAGAUCCUGCAGUUCAACGCUUCUGAAGACACGCUGGAUGUGAAGCCAGAACAGGCGUUGCAAAGGUGGAGAUGCCAAAGUCCGCCCUUCAAGUUCGACGUGGCGCUGGGUUGCCACCACACCUUCGCCGUGCGUGCCAUGCUCCUGCCGUCGCUAGAUCACAGCCAGAGCCCGGAAGCUGGUGCUCUUUGGGUUUCGGCCAUGUCCUCCUUGGUCACCGUGGACUUGCGGUACUACUCAAACCGUCCCCAACGAGCAUUGCCAUCUGCUAACCAGGGCGGAGCACAUGCUGCUGCCCUUGCGCUUCCUGCACCGCCCGUCGUAUCGGAGAAGACUGAGACCGAGACACCUUCCCCUUGUCGCGGUCGCGUCGCCUCCAGCAUCGGGGAUUUCCUACAAUCGCUGCAGGCGAGUGGAGGAGGAUCCCCGCCGCGACGGCCCUCUUUUCGCACUGACAUCUCCGCGCAGACCGUGCUUCCAGGACAGACAGGCAGCCCUUCCAACCUUGCUGCACCCACUGCGCCGAUUGCCGCUGUCCCGAGCAAGGAAGGCGUUCCGACGAGUACUGGUGAGGCCUCGCCCGAGUCGCACGCCGCGAAAUCCGAAAUUCCGGCAGAGAAGGCACCGCCUGAAGUUUCGGGCGACUCGUGCGAGAAAGAAACCGAGCAGCUGAGUCUUCCCUUUGAUGAGGAUGCCUUGUCGCCGCAGUCACUUCCAUCCCGAGCCAGCGGGGAAUCAUGGGCAAGCGAAGCGUCACUUUCGGACUUCGACUAUGCGGACCUCUCCCGUUUAGCACAAGCUUUGCGAUUCCCAGUGCCCCAGUCCAGCACAGCUGGCCAGACUCUUCAGACGGCAGCUGGGCAGUGCUCCGUACCUCGUGCGAAUUCCAACAGCGAGCAAGUGGAAAGCGUGGAAGAGAUACUGAACAGCGUUCGAGAAGAAAGCCUUGACGACAUCUCGAAGCAGACGGCUCAAGGCGAUCUGAAGACAUCCAGCAGCUUCAAGGUCCCGCGUGCGGUUUCCAUCUUCGAUCAAGACACGCUGGACAGCAUGGCAGAAGUGCUUAGCAACGUGCAGAAUAUCGACCGCAGCCAGCAAGUCGCAGGCUUGCAACCAAGUCUCAGUGGGGAGCUGCUGGACGGAGAAGAGGUCCUGGCUGCAGCACAGCGUGCUUUUCAGAAGCUCCAAGAGAAGCCAUGCAGCGCCUGUGGCGGCACCGGAUAUGUUGGCCUCUUCGGAGUCGCAGGCUUCGGCAUUUUCCAGUCGAAAUGCACGAGCUGCGAGACGCGCUGCAGGGCUUCUCCCUGGACUGCAUCCAAGCAUCUUCGCAAGCUGCCGAGGCCUUCAGAGAGGGUGGCGACAUGGCAGGCCUGGCCUCUGCCCUGCGAACGCUCGCGGCCGCGCAUUUGCAAAAAAAGUCUCCGCCACAAGCAGCUGUGGCUGCGAAAGAGUCCGUAUCUUUGUACAAAGACCUGGGGGACCAAACCGGCGAGGCCGACUCCUUGUUGCAGCUCGCCGUCGCCCAGCUUGAGGCAGAGCAUCCGGAAGACGCCAUGCCGACUGCAAAAGCCGCGCACGACCUUUGCAAGAAGGUCUCGGACAUGCGACGCUGCACACUCGCGCAAGAGUUGGUCCAGCUUGUCCGGUGGCCCAGUCGACACUGAGAAGGAGAAGCCUGCCGACCCGGAACCUGAGCCGGUCGCCGUUUCGGAGGCCGAAAAAGCAAAAGUCGCCGGUUUCGACUGGAGUUCAACAAUCUCGCAGCCCGCACCUGUAGGAGGUUUGGAAGGAUACUGGCGCUGCGAGCGAUGUGGCGUGCUAUUCGAAGACCCUUCCGAGGGAGCACGAGCAGAUGCAGAUGGAAACUUUGAGUGGUUCUGCCGCAGCUGUUGGCGGGACUGGGUGGAUGAGCACCUUCGGCGUGCCCGGGCUGCCAAAGAAGCAGGUGUCAGCACCUCGCAGCAUGGUGGCAAAGGCGGCGGGAGGGCCCUAAAGGCAAAGCCGACGGAACAACGCCAGACAGAGACGAAGCCUGCACGGCCCUUGCCAAGCCGGCAAGAGCUGCAGCAGCUGUCACUCAUCGAGCUCUACAAGCACGCCAGGUCUAGCGGUGCAGAUUUCAAGCUUCUCAGCAUUGCUAUGGACAGCGACAAUCCGAAGACGGGACUGCUUGAGCUGCUAGCACCGACGUGA